UACCACUUCACUCUUCAUUAAAAAAAAUGUUUACAGGAUGUCUUAGAUUUUUUAAAGUCAUGUUUUUCAUGAAGAAACAGAGCAAGAAAGAAGACAAACCCCUAAAAGCAGAUGGUUUGACAAAGGUUGGAGAAAAAGAUGCAGAAAACAGCGUGGGGGUGAAAAGAAGAAGAAGAAGCAAGAGACACCCAACAGACUGGGCAUGUGCGCAAUGUAGCAACGUGAUCGAACACUAUCCUGGAGGUUCUUAUGAAGGUGCCUCUUCUUCACCAAUGACUAAUGAGUUCAACAAAGUGAAGACCUUUGAUUUUCGUGAAGUCGCAAAAGCCACGUCAAAAUGAAGAAAAAAGUGUUUUGAGAUUCUGU